CCAAUAUGGCGGCCGACGAGGAGUUGAGUUUAUCAUGGAGUUUUGUUUGCGAGGAGAUUUUGAGCACAAUAUCUACAGAAGAGGCAUUUUUCGGCGCUUUAAAGAUCUGGAUAGAAAGACCGCAGGUUUUGAACCGCCGACUUGUAGGAUCGUUCAUAAUAGAGUCGUUUUUCACAGAAAAAGGAAGCGAUUUUUUAGCGCUGGUUUUAAAGAAUAUGACGGGAAAUGGAAAUAUUUCGAGAGAUGAUUUGUUGGGUCUUCCGAAGGGAGGGAAAAUUAACGAGGAAGAGGGUGCAGUUGAAGUAAAAAUAAGAUCAUUGAUACCGCGCGAAUCAAGUAGACACUGUAAUAUUUUGGAGAUGAUUAUUCAAGAUAAACACGACAAGUCCGUGACAUUUCUUCCGUUUGAAGAGGAUCAAGCUACAAAUAGCCUGCGUUGUGAUGUUGAGCAUGCUUAUAGAGUGAACCUUCUCCAAGCACAAAAUAAUCAAAGUUUAAGUCUUUCCGUUGCUGACAAAAGAAGCAAAGGAAAUGGUAUCACAUGUCCAACGGUAGAAUGGCUUAAGUCGUGUCUCAUUCCAAAACUUCACAAAUGGAUGACGGAGGACAAUACAAAGUCCUCAUUAGGAGAAUCAUUGAGACUUGUUUCGGUGGAAAAAUAUAGCCGGAAAUACGAAGAACUCAAGCAAAAAUAUAAACACUUUGUUAAGAUGUGGCCGGAAAGAACUGAUCCACACAAGUUUGUUUACGAAGAUGUCGCGAUUGCAACCUAUCUGAUGCUACUGUGGGAGAGUGACGCCACUGAAGCAGACGAUGAUUUCAAACCACAGAGGUUUGUUGAUCUUGGUUGUGGAAACGGUCUGUUGGUCCACAUUCUAAACAACGAGGGUCACUCAGGAAAAGGUGUCGAUUUACGUCCAAGAAAAGUUUGGAAGUUUUACGACGAGAAAACCGUUCUAGAGGUAAGCACAUUAGAUCCAUCAUCAGAAACCUAUCCCGAAGCUGAUUGGUUGAUCGGAAACCAUUCGGAUGAACUAACCCCUUGGAUACCAGUUAUCGCUGCCAGAUCUUCAUUCAAUUGUAAAUAUUUUGUUUUGCCGUGUUGCUUUCACGACUUUUAUUGCAAAUUCCAAAGAGUGAGCUCAAAUGAAAGACAGUAUCGUUCGUAUCUGGAUUAUGUUGAGAAUAUUGGAAGGAGUUGUGGAUUCGAAGUGGAAGAAGAUGUUCUGAGGAUACCAUCAACAAAAAGGGUGUGUCAAAUUGGCAAGAAUCGCGCAUAUUCAGUAGAAGAUGCAAUAUCUAUUGAAAACGAAAUCUUAAGUAUGUUGAAGAAUUCAAGACACGGGAAUCCGAACGAAACUAGAAAAUUUCAUGAUCAUACCACGGAAAAACAUUGCCAAAUGCAUGCUGGGAAUGUGCAUGCGUCAUCAUCUUGUCAUCAUGACAACACCGAAAUUGACCAAUCACAGGAGAGACAAUUCAUACCACGUGGUGACACGGAACCGGUGAGAAAUUGCACGAAAAUAGAGCAAAAGGUUUUGGAUGAAAUCGUUCAUAAGGUUGCGAGCGAAUUGUUGUCAAGAUCACAGAGUGAAUGUUUUGGGGAAUGCGAGGAUGAGUGUCGGAAAACAAACAAGAAUUGGAACAGAGGAGGUCAGAUGAAAUUAAGCGAAGUGUCAGAGUUAUUUGAUCAGAACAUUCUCGCGCUGUUGAGGUGUGAAGCUGGUGGCGUUAAGACGGUUCUGAGGAAUGCACAUCAGGUUUUCCGAGUGCAAGGUGGUAUGGUUGAGAUACGUGAUUGGAGAGAAGACAGUCACUGCAAGGAGACUAAGAACCAACCAAAAACAAAGAAAUACUGGAAGACAAAACAUUGUUGGUUUUACAAUCAUCAUCCUGAUGGAUGUCCUCUGGAUAAUGAACAAUGCAGCUUUUCUCAUGGAAUAAAGGAACUGAAAACAUUAUGAUGUUCGUAAAGAUUA